AAUCAGCGCAGGCCAAUGAAAGUGAGGGUAAACCUUUUGAUUUCGAUUUAGCCAAAUCGCUUUUAGCUGAUGCUGAAGGUUCAAAACAAGUGCUUCCAAGACUUCAUGACAUUGUUAUAAGAAGGAUGAGCAGAAUGCUAUUGAACAUAAACUUAAACAGUCCGCUGAGGAGAUGCAGGAGGUUUUGACAAAUUUUUUGCAGGGUUCUUUGGACAGCAUGGUGCGUUGCGCAAUCGAUUCCUGCCCAAGUAUUUUAUCAUCACACGAAUGCUACCAGGAUUUGAUCAGAUCGGGUCAACCAAGAGCCUUAAUCAGUUCAGAUUUUGUGAAGACUGUUAUUGUCGACCAGGCUGGUGCAGAAAUAAUGAAUCGCGUCAAUGAAGUCAAUCUGUCAAUGGCAGCUCACGUUUCCGAUCGUGUAACUGAUGAAGUUAUGGAAGCUUUAUCGAAAAUUCAGCGGGUUUUAGCGAAUCCUAACAGUGGACUGGAUUUGUCUGAUAUGCUGGUUCGGCCGAAUACACCAGAUGUGCUCAGGCCUCGAGGACCUACACCAACUGUUCUUAGACGACCUAUAGACACAUCACCGACGGCUACUCCACAUAUGAUGUCCAAACGGAAAUCAGUCCACGGUCGCAAACUUCGUCCAAAAUCAGUCCUGGACGGUCUUGGAGCCUUUACAGCAGAUUCGCAUUUUAGUUCCUCCGCAGGCGGAGGAGCUCCUGAUUUGCUUCCGAAGAUUUUACAACAAUCGCAUGAUAGAUUGGACAGGGUUACAGAGCUGCCGAGUAGUUCACAUCAGCUUCAACAUUUGGUUAAAGGUCGUCCCAAACGUGCAAAAAACAAAGCCCCAACCCGACCCCUCGUAGCCUGCCUAGAUGGAAACAACAGUACGUGCAGCGAAUUAGGCGAAGGACUAGAUUCGUUCUUCCCGCCGUCUUCGGCGUCGGCUUCGGUGUCUUCGGCGACUCCUACGCCUUCGCACACGCCUCCGAUGAUUGCAGGGUCGCCUACAACCAGCGAGGGCUGCUCCACCCUUUCUUUGGCCGAAAGUCUUAAGGACGAUGGAACCGUUUGCAGCAGCAGCGAAGCAGUCGAUGGGGAUGAAGGAGGAGUUAGGGAUAGGACACCGACUAUGGAUUCUGGGGUGUUCGAUGUUAAGAAGAAAAAUGUGACGGAUUUGAUAAAUUCGCAACCACGAUCUUUAUCAAUUGACAACUUAGAAAGUCAUUCUCCAGCAUCGGGACGGCAUUCUUUAGGAAGUUCGCCUAUUAAUGUGGUAUCCAACGCCUUUCUGUCUCUCGAUUGCAAAGUUUUGGAUGACAGAUCUUCUGCACAUCAUAGAUCGGACGAUACUUCUAACGACAGCGCGAGUAGCACUACGAAAAGUACUGAGACGACUGUUACCAGAAAUGGUUCCCAUUGCUCAGUGUGGUCCAGGCCAAAUCAGACAAGUGUAAAACCUAGGCCCUGGUCAGUUUCUGGUGCCGACAGACAGAAUACUGACUUCCAAUUCUACGAUGAGCAACUAUCACCGUCAUCUCAUAAUAAUGACUCACUGCUCAUGGACGGCAUGGAUAAUGAAUUGACUGGUAUCAACAAAAAUAUGGUCGGUACAGCAACCGGUGGUAGUAUACUGGGUAUUAGUCCUGGUACGAUUGGGACAAGUCUGGUUGGAGGAAGUAUUGUUGGAAUUACGCCUGGUGCUGCUUUAGAACGACGAAGUGUGAAAGAAUUGGCUGCAGGUUUGAACCGUAUUGAAAACCCUAGAGAUUUGCCUCCAAAGUCUUUAGACAACAUACCACGUAAAUCAAUUUCUAAAAGCAAAUUGAUUACAUCCAGGUUUGAGGAGACUCUGGCUGAAGCAUUACAACAACCAGCAAAAAGAUCUGUAACUCGACAUAGUAUAGUUCGUGACAACCGUGACUCAGUUGAUGUAUGACACUCCUGUACAUCAUUCAUUAUUUAUGGCUUAGUUUAAAAUUAAAAUCUCAGUAUUUUUAUAAAAUUAUGUUUCUCAUAAUCCUGCUUUAAAAUCGCUGGUUCGAGCUGCAUUGGUAAAAGUGUUCUUUUGCUUGGAAAUCAAGAAUGUUGAUUCAAUCUCAUAUGAUGCAUCACGAGAUAGUUAGAUACAUUCCAAAGGUUAUAUUUUAUUCAUUGCUUUUAAUUGAUUUUUAUUUAUAUGUCUCUGUAUCGGUCACAAUAAUAAAAAACGAUAAUUAUCAUAUGUAAGAGUUAACAAGUCAAAUUUAACAAGUAGGUGCUGUACUGACGGACAACAAGAUAGAAAUUAUAUGAAAUAAAUAG